AUGCUAUUAAAACUCUACGCCGCUGCCCAGCUUGCUGCAUUGGCUCUUGGGCAGACCACACUCAUUCCCUCGGACUCCUUCUCCUCCUUUGAUUCGCACUGGAAUUACCUUUAUCCAUGGGGAACUGACCACAAUGGCGGUGCAAGAAUGGACAAGAGCCAAGUAUCUACAGCUCAAGGAUACCUUACUUUGACCUCGAAACCAGUCACUGGCCAACCACCUGCCCAUCACGGCGGAAAGGAUAUUCCGAUCAACUAUCUGUCGGGAGCGAUACACGCCAAGAAAACAUUCACCGUGCAGACUGGCGGCGGCUUCGACUUUUCCGCAGAUUUCGUCGCACCAGUGGAUAAAGGCACGUGGCCUGCUUUUUGGCUGACGGCGGUUAAAGGAUGGCCACCUGAGAUUGAUGUUGCGGAGUGGAAGGGCAGCGGAAAAAUCUCCUUCAACACAUUCAACACCUCCAGUCAAGUAACUGCACGAGAUGUUCCUUACCCAAACCCCAAGGCAUGGCAUACCGUCCGAGCCGAGAUCCGAGAUGCCAACGGUCGGGAUGUUAGCGUCAAGUUUUACUUGGAUAACACUUUGGUUGCAACCCAGCAUGGAUCCAAAUACGUUAAUGCGGGGUUAUACUUUAUCAUAAACUAUCAAAUGGAGGGCUCUUCCGGGUCUCCUGGUCCAUCUACGACAACGACGUAUUCUGUGCGAAAUGUCAAAGUUAUUAGCUACAACCGUUGA